AAAAGUAUAUAUAAACGAUCGGAUUUUAGCGGUUUAAUCAAAACGUGGUAUUUAGACUUAGGGAAGAAGGAAAGGGAUAUACGUUAUCUUUUGUAUUUUGUUUUUGGAAUAUUCCUAACUUACAGCUAUGGUGCAUUACGUUAAACGUCAAACAAGUGCUCAAAUGGUGGCCAAGCAGCACCUGAAACUUCACCUGAGAAGAAUCAGAAACAGGGAGUACUCCAGGCUCAGGGACAUGGUGCCAUCUAUUGCUAAAAAAGACAAAAUCUCCAAGGUGACAGUCAUUGAAGAGGCCGUAAAAUACAUUGACGAGUUACACAGAGCCCUGUUCGAGCGGUUACAUUCUAAAGCAGCUGCUGGAAACAAGUUGGUUUCAGAUGAACAUGUCAAAGACUUUAUACACACCUUAAUACCAGCAGACUUGUUCUCCAAGACAACGACCUCCAACUCCACGUUUGAAAAAACACAAAGACAUCCUUCCUACGUCUUACCAAAGAAACAAAAGGGGUUCGGCAAGCCGCACUAGUUCUUUGGGCCAAAAUUUUCACUGUGAUAUAAACAAAAUUAGGAUGAGCUGACUGUGAUAUUUAAGUUUUAUGAAUAUUAUUACCAAUUUGAUUGGAUAUUUUGCCUUGUGACUUUUCCGAUACCACCAGGCCAUGGCGAAAUGUCGACCUACCCCAGUUCUCCAACCCUCAAAGUAUUGUCAGCGGCGCCUCAUAGAUAUGGAUUAUGCAGAGAAACCAUUCAUAUGCUGGUUGCCAACCAAAUGGAGCUGUGGAUACAAACCCAUGCAAAACUAAGAUUUAUUCUGAGCGCAUUCCGACAUAUUUGUGAUCCAGAUUAAUGCUAGUCUUUUUUAUGAAUUAUUAUAUUUGAUAUAAUAAAAUAUUGAAAACGAA